AAAAAAAAAUCGAGAGCUUCGUCGUCGUUAUACGCGCGUAGACGGAAGCAGUAGUGAUCUCGCGCGGUUUAUCCUUGCGAUUUAUCGUGCGCGUGUUUACGGUAUAAGCGAAUCACGUCUAUUUCUAACUGUCGAGGAGCGAUCCGCUUGUCGUUUUCCGCAUAAAGGAAUGUCCUUAAAUCCGCGCGCGACGACUGGUGUGUAUAACCUUCCGAAAUCUCUCGUUGUUGCGAAACACGCGCAUGCCUUCGAUAUUCAGUCGGCGGAACAGCGAUUUUCGUCCUCGUACACGUGUCUAUUCGUCGGCCGGUUGUAUAUAUACACAUCUGCCGACGAGUGCGAUAUAUCGACUAUGCAACGCGUCGUCGCCUGAAUAAUGCAGCGUAUUUUCUCUUCUCCGUAUUCGAUAUACGACGGAGCUACAGAGCGAGAGAUCGAUCUUAACGAAGUACGUUAGAUAGCUAAACUCUUCUCCGAUUCGGCGUUCCGAAGCGCGAGCGCGGCUGCACACAGGAUGUUGGGCGCGUCCUUGUCGAAGAUUUCGAACCGCCUGGGCCGACAGUGCGACCGAGAGAAUAAUUGCUUGGGCGGCCUUUUCUGUCCUCGAAAGAGAGGAAAAAUCGAUUCCAACGAAUGGCCGCAGUAAAAACAGUUCAGCGCGAGCAUCGAUCAAUCGGCGCACACGCGUUAGCUCGCUAAUAAACUAAUUUUCCCUCGCGCCUGUAUUUGUAACGCUUGCAGCGCGCGGGACUUUCCGGUGCAACCGGUAACUCGUCGAUUUCGUCAAGUAGGCACGCGCCCGCUUCCUCUUUCUAGUCUCUCCAGUGUGCACAUCGGGCACUUACUCUUCGAGAAAUAUAGCUCGACGUAUCGAUCGUAUUGCGGAGAGAAAUGCGCGCCGCGCGGGUUAUUGUGAAAUAAAAAUAAAUUGCGCGCGCGCGCGCGCGCGCGUGGGCUUUUCUGCGAAUUAAGCUACGACACGGCCGCUUGCUGUCUACUUCUUUAUACGAUAAUAGAUUUUUAACAUCUCGAGUCAUUAUUCAAAUCGGCGCGGAUCUGCGUAGGUGGCGCAGUCUAACGUGUGCGUGUUUCUACAACAGCGGAUAGCGUUAAAUUCUCCGGAUCCGACUUAUUGGAAAGGUGUCGCGAAUGCGGCUGUCAUUAUCGGCUGCCUCUCGAUUUUAUUCGUACGCUGCACAAAUACGCGAGUGCAAAUACGGGAGAAGAAAGUCGAGCGAUUACAGCUCGAUUUCUUUCCGAUUGAAUCGAGUACAAUCGUGAGAUGUUAUUUGAUUAGCUCGAUAACGUGUGCAGCUUCAAAAUCCGUGAAACGAUAUAGCUUAUAUUUGGAUGAGAAACGCGUAUUUGCCAUAAGAAAGCCGGUUUCCAGCGGAAUACCGAUCGACUGCAUUAUUCUCCCUGCGAGGAAAAAAAAUCAAUUCACCUCGAGUCCUCGAUCAUCUUUAAAAAUACCGCCUCUUUAUAUACCUGUCGGCUGCUUUUCAUGCCGUGUAUAAAAAAGCGCUUUAAUCAGAGAUACGAAGCAGCCGAUCUCUGAUCUCAUCGAUCCAUAUGUAGCGAGAGAGUCAAGCGAGCCGGUAAUUUCGCAGCCGUAAAAGUCUCCUACGCACUUCCUCCUUCGAAAUCGCAAAAAGGGAGAAUAAACGGCAGUGGCAUCGCGCGAGAAGCGGAGCAGAGGAUUAUAACGGGCCGGUCAGCUGCCGAUUGCCGUGCUCCAUUUAUGCUCGCGAGCGGAUUUGUAACGGCCCGAGUGUGAUUUAACUCGAGCCGCUACUGGAACUGCUACGCCGGCAUCUCUCUUGGGUGCAUAGAAUUUUCGCCAACGACGCGUGGGUGCGAACUAGUUUGUCGAACAAUGACCCUGGCCUUAGCGACGCGUAUACACACACACACACACACAACUCGUUAUACAGUGAAGCGACAUUUCUAUCCAUCCUCGCACGCGCCGGGGAAUAGCGGCGGCUCGGAGAAUCGUGGGAAAAUUUUCACUUGCGGUACUCUCUGGCGACAUUAUUAAAAGCGAACACGCCGAACGAGGCGAGCAGGAAGAGACGAGUCGGCAGCGGUCCGUAACCGGCGCGCAUCUGCUGCAACAAUUGUCUUCUCGGACUUUUACGGCCGACGAGCUCAUUGAGGAUCGCAGCUCGAAGAUUAUUAGCGCAGCUGCGCGCAUGGCUGGAGAUAUUUUAAUCGGCGGCUCGUUUAUCCCACUGCGCGCGCGCGCGCGCGUUAGAGGAGAAACGCGCUAAUCAGCUACUGCUGCGCGAUGCAUAUGCGCUUUGUUUCGACGGAGUUACGACUUUUACACUUUUACUCUCUUCGAGGUGAAAAUGGCGCCUUUUCCUUUUCCAUACCCGGAAUCGGUUAUGAAUAUUGCAUUUCGCGGAGCUGUAAUGGACGAUAAUGACGCGUAAAUAUUGACGAAGAGCGCCUCGCCGUAUCGAAUUUUAAUCGGCGACGCAAUGGCCGGGUGAUAUUAACGACCGGAUUGAACUCUUAAAUUGAAUAAAUGGAGAUAAACAAGCCGAGUUUUGGUCGUUUGCAUAUAAUUAUGAGAGGCAUUACGGCGUCUCCCAUAAAACUUUACUGUUUUAUUUAUCAGCGAGCGCGUAAAAGGCGCAGUUACGCUCUAUCGGCAUCUGCUUCCCUCGAUUUUUCGCGAGCUAUGGGCAAAAAGUGUGCUCAUGAAUAUCUAAUUAAUACAUUCUCCCGGGCUCCGCGAUUUUUCUAAAUAUUCGAACGAGUUUUCGUGUAUCACCGCGGAGCGGCAUUUUUACGGCAGUGCAAGCGAACUUUCUCCCUCGGAAAUUUACGUCAGCGUUAUAAACUCGAGGUCGAGCUUGGAAGGAGCUGCUGCGAUUUUCGUGAAUUUCGAAUCGAUUUUUCCGGAAUUCCGCAGGGCACGAGGUAAAUCGUCGGUCGGCCUUGAGCAGAGGUAUAAGCUGCUUCUGUCGCUGGGAGUUUCGAGGAGAGCAGCUUCUUCCUCCACCCACUCGCGGCUGCUCAUCCGUGUGUGGAAGAGAUGAGGCUCAAGGAGACCGGGUGAGCUUCGCUUUCUGUGCGCUGCUCCGAUGCUCUUCUUUCUUGCGGCUCUCCUUCUCGCGCGGGAUCUCUUUGUUUUGGAGAGCGCAGUGCCUUUUCAGUAGAAACGGCCGAGCACCGCAAGACGCGCGAUUUCGACUAUCGUCGAGUACACCUGUUCUCGAGAGAUAACGACAGGCCAUAAUUCGCACUCGAAGCCUUAAUUUUCGAUACGGCAAAAAAGAGCAGCACCUCCGUUAAACCCGGUCUCUCGGACUCGAGUGAAGCAACGCUCGCUGCAACGCAAUCUCCCUCUUAUAGUCUACGUGUAAUCGAGCAAAAAGCGCGCGGCAACAGUACAAUGCGCUGUGUGACAAGCGCUGUUGCGUCAGGUCGCGACUCUCCGUUAGCCGAGAUAAUUCGCUCGCGACGAAGCAAAAAAACAAAAAACAAAAAAAUCGAGGUAAAAUUUUUCUUGAAAUUCCAGGUGCAGACAGAGAGAGAGAGAGAGAGAGAGAGAGAAAUGGGCGCACCGGCGACGGAAAAGUAAAAGAGAGAGAGAGAGAGCGAAGAGCACGCGCCCAGGUUGGACAUGGCGACGAAGAUGGAGCUGGUAAUGUCGCCGGGGAACCUCGGCGGCGACGGCCCGGACGGAGGACCGUUUCGCAACGAGGACGUGCGAGAGUGGUCGCGGGUCGACCGUAUCACGGGCAUGCUGGAACGGGCGCGCGUUGAGACCGGCCGAUGGAGAGCCAACACCCAGGACGCCAAGCAGUCUUACGGCAAGAUGAUAGACUCGAGGGAGCGAAACUCGGCGGACGGAAGCCUCGUCCAGAAGGCGAGGCGGCAGGUGGAGAUAUUCCAGAGUCAAGAGAACAGCGGCAGGUCCUUCCAAGUGGUCAGGGCGUCGCAAUGGUCCUCCUCGAGAGCUACAGACUGCGCAUUCGACAUUCCGAUAAGCAAUAAGCCAAGCAAUGCUCACUUUGAGGACGGACCGAGCAACGGCAGCGCGUCCCUCCUGUCGCCCCGACUGAACCUCUGGCGCUCGAGCCUCUCCAACGGCGCCUCGGACCUCGACCAGCUCUCCUGUCUCUGCCGGAAGCUGCACAACGAGGCCCUCAACACGACGAACCAGCUCUGGUCCCUCCGGAACGCCGCCCUGACCCCGCUGGAGGCUGCCUCGUCGCCCUCGCCAACGUUCCAGGAGAUCGAGGCCGGCCUCGAGCCGAACCUGGACGAUCGGCUCUCCAGCAGCUCCUUCGGAGAGCGGCGGAGCAACAGCACGGAGGACGUGUCCAGCUUGCUCAACGCCGACGACGCCUUCGCCAGGGACUGCAAGACCAGGAGGUCGCUGCAGAUAGCCAACUCCGAGAACGGCCGGGUCAACUACUGCCAGUCGGCGGCGGGAGAGGCCGAGCGGGGCCGGAGGGCCAGGCAGGAGUUCAUCGCCGAGCGGGCCAGGAGGUUCGAGGAGGGCGUCAGAAGGGCCAACGAGGGCACGGCGAGGAAACAGUUCAUCAGCACCAAGUCCUUCACGCCGAUCGCCAACAACGACUUCGUCAGGAACGACCCGAAGCAUCCGUCCAAGUUCAACCAGGUCGCCAAGAUCUCGAUUCAGGACAGUGGUGAGAACGGCCAGAGCUCGCCGGUGCUCGCCAGAGCUCGCUUCUCGCCCGCCGCGACGCGCAAAGCCAACAACAAGACGGUGGUGCACCUGAUGAACGUCGCCUCGCCCGCGAGCUCCGAGCCGCCGCCGCCGCCGCCGCCGCGCUGCAUCAACGUCAGCGCCAUCAAGCUGGAGAAGGACUCGGAGCAGGCGGCCGAGAACGAGAACGGACUCUACGCUAUGAAGGAGGAGACCCCGACGCUGCUGCUCAACGGCUCCAAGCCGGUGAAGAAGGUCGAGUUCUGCAAGACGGAGAUUCACUUCGCCGCGGACUCGGGGAAGGUCAACAUCGUGGAGACGGACGGGAAGCCGCCGCCGACGAACAAGUUCAGGAGGAGGAAGCGGAAGGACGCUCUCGGCGCUGCUAACAGUAACAGUCAGAAGAGCAACAUGCCGCUGGUGCACUUUGGCGACACCUCCUACGAGAAGUACAUAUUCGGCGGCCAGGGUAAACCGCCCGAGGAGAUGAGCAACAAGACUGCGCUACUCGAGUGCGAGAAUCCGGCGAUCGACAAACCAGCCAAGAAGUACGACCCCGCGGACCUGGAGUUGAAGAGGGAGCGCUGGAACUCCCCGGAGAAGAGCAGGGAGGACGCGGGCCUGGAGAACGGUGGCAAACACAGGGGAACGCACACGACGACCGUCAACUUCCUGAGCGACGAGAGCAGCGCCCUCGCUCUGCCGAAAGUCCUGGAAGGCCGCAGCAGCCAGCGAGCUAUCAGUCUUCAGUUUGCCGCCUCGAACCGAGGCCUGAGCCCCAUCGGCUGCGGAGACGAAGACGAUAACGAACCCACCACCGUCGUCAGUCGCACGACCAAGAUCACGCUGCACCUGCCGCCCGUUAUUAGCCAGCACCCGGGAGUCCUGCAGCUCGGCAACUGCAACCCCUUCUCCAACCUCAAGAGCGUGCGUCUGGUGAUGAAACUCGGCCAGAUGACCGGCGGAAGAGAUCUCGGACCGGCGGGAUCGCUGUCGCUCAAGGAGUUGUUCUCCACGCUCUACAGCGACGGAGAACACGACGGGCUGACGCUGAACGAGCCCCAGAUGUGGUCGCUCAGACUCAAGUCCGAUGGCGAGCGGAUUUUAGACGAAUCGCGAAUGAUCACCGACAAACCCGGCAACUCUUUCCCAGCUGCGGCGAACCACGUGGUGCACAAAGAGAUCGGCAGCCUGUCCAAACGAUCGGCGCCGAAGCAGCAGAGCCUGCCCGAGGACCCCGACAAGAAGCAGGUGCUCCUCAAGAUCGUCACCACGCACAAGCCAAUGCUCGCCCGAGUCGAGAACGAUCACAGUCCCAGCAACUCCCUCCACAGACCCCGUCCAAAAGGCCUCGAUCCGCAGGAAGAAUCGCAGCCCCCGCUUGAGCGGGAGGAGCAGCGUCGAGGUUCCCCGAGUGUCUUAGCGAGUACCGAUCUCGAAACCAAAGACCACUGUGAUAAUGGCAACGGAGUGGACGAGUCCGACUGCGACGAGGCCCCGACGUACGAGAACAUAUUCGACGCGGUGAGCAACGGCGACCCGGUCUACGAGAACUUCCAGGCGAUCAAGAGCGAGCCGGUCCUCAAGGCGCCGAUCGACAAGGUGGCACUGCUCAAGAAGCGACCGCCCACUUCCCAGUCCGAGAAAUCGCUCACCAACUCGUACGACAGGAGACACAUAAAGCUGUCGUCGAAGCUCAGUAACGGUUCCAACGCCGAGGAGUCUGCGGAGAAGGCUAGGCUGACAAGAACUGAGAGAGCCAAGACGCCGAUUUCCGCGAAGAGCGACAAGAACACGUUGCGAUCGGUAUCGCAAGAUCGGAGCAAGAGCAGCUCUCGAUUGAGCGGUUCACGUGAUAAUUCGAUUAAGAGGUGCAAAGACGCGACGAAGCCUACGAAAGACGACACCGCGAGAGGCGCGCAAGCGAAGAGAAAAAAUAGCCCCAAGGUCGGCUCCGUGGCACAAGAGCGCAAGGGUACUCCAGUAAUUAGCGCGGAGAAAAAUGACGGCUCGAUCAGAUCCAAGAAACCAGUCGAGGUUGUCUACCAGACGGCGGUGUUCAACAUGAAAAACGAGAAGCUGUCGAAGCCCUCGAAAGGGAAGGAAAUAAAAGGACCUCGCCUGAUAAACGAUCUCAUAUGUGGAAGCAAAUUGAGACGGCCGUCGGACAGUAAGAAAGCAAUAAAAACCAUCGUCUCACAAAAUACCAGCAAAACGAAAGAGACGCCUACCACAAUGAAUAGACAGUGACGUAUGAACGGGCCUCCCGGAGGUGGCAUACAAUGUAAACGACGUCUGUUCAACCGCUUAUAUGAGAAAAACUGAUACUAAUGAUUAAGUAAUUACAAUUAUAGUAAGCGGAAUAAGAGUUCCUCUCUUUCUACAUGGAAAAAAUCUGUAAAUGUUAACACUGACUCUGCCAUUCUCGACUGAAAUAAACGAACUCAUACGUAAUCUUAAUGCUGCGAAAACUUGUGCACUUAUCAACUUUUUUUUACAAUUAAAGUACUAAUGAUUACUGAAUAAACAUAGUGCAUAGUGUAAGCACAA